AUGGCAUUCCGCGGCAUGUUGCUACAGCUAGUAGAGGCCAAAAGCGAGGCUUCUUUCCACGUCGUAGCACCUGAUGCUGAGCUGAUCGUACCACAUCAGUCUUCUUUUACGUAUGAGACAUUUCUGACCAAGUGGAGACAGCAGAAACUUGUAAUUGCUGACGCCGUUAGCCGCAAACUACUCCAAGUAACGCAAUUAGCGACAGUGUCACUUCAACAGGAGGAAAACUCAGUAUUAUGGGGCGUAAGAUCGUAUGGUGAGCUUUCAGAGGGUUGUAGAGAUAAUGCGGAGCCUCUAAUGAGUCAUGUGGACGUCUUAAAUGCUGUUGAGCAAACGCUGCCGGGCCACAAACUGGUGAUGACUCAAAACGAUGCAUCGUUACAGGCGACGGCUGUAGCGUCUUUACUUUGCUAUUGUUUUCACUUCCGCUCGAAAUUUGAGUACGAAUUGUUUGCGCAAACACUUGCAGCCUUUACGCGCAUGCAGCAGUAUGCGCUUUUACAAAGUUCCGUGUUGAUAGAGAUGGAGAUUAGUCAUGAACACAAGAAAUGGAGCAUGGAGAAGGAUGUACGGGCAAAAGCUUUGGUAAGCAAAUUUCAGCAAAAACUUGAGGUGGUAGAGACGAAGAAGGAAGAAAAAGAAGAGGAGGAAGAGAAGAAGAAGAAGAAAUCGCUGGUGAUGCAGCAACAUACAACGGAUAAGAAUGAGGCGAAUGUCGUGAUUGCGACGCUGUCUGGUGAGAUGUUUUGUGUCUUGUGUCGCAUACAGAGGGAGCCUAAUGCACCUGAGUAUCCGAAACAUCCGUUUGUGCUUAAGGAUGGCAAGGGUAAAGGAGUCCAUAUCUGCAAGGUGUGCUUGCAGCAAGUGUUGAAGCAGCGUUUAUCAGUGCAGGCUAGCGCAAAAAUGAGCGGUCAGGACAACAUGUGUGGUCUAUGCGCCCAGUCGUUUGAAAAGAUGUCUGCUAAGUCCGUUAAAGCAUGUGCACAUGAAGUAUGUCCGCGUGUGUAUUGCAUACCAUGUAUCGAUAAGCUAAUUGGUAAGGCACGGGUGCAGAAGGUGUUGCGGACCAAGAACUGGCUGUGCCCAAAUUGCUCCAUGGAUAAUGACAGUGCAUCUGCUGAUGAGAGGGCGAACUCAGUUGGAUCGAUGUCUGUGGAGAUUGUUGAAGCAGCUUCAGCACCUAGACAGAAGAAGCGUAAGCGACGCAAGGAGAUUGCGGGAAAGAGCGGAGCAGAUGAAAAAGGGCCACUAGAACCUUCGCCUUUGAUACCAGCUUGCUCAACGUCGGAGAUGAAACUGAUUGAUUAUGCCGCAACGUAUUUCAAGUUCUUGCUGAAGCGUGAAAAAAAGGAUAUAUUCAAGGAAUCGGAGGACGUGUGUUUUUGCUGUAAAGAUGGCGGAGGUUUGAUUGAAUGUGAUUGGAAGGGAAUGAAUGGCACUUUCGAGCGCUGCCCCAAAGUGUACCAUGAAGACUGCUUAGGCUACAAAGUACCAGAGGGUAAGACGUGGGUAUGCCCGCGCCAUCGCUGCCAGGACUGCGGCAUCAUUGCUCAAUACUCUUGCCGAUUUUGCGUCACAUCGUAUUGCGAGGAUCACUUGCCGAAAGAUGUUAAAACACUUGGCCACGCGACAAAAGACAUUCCUACUUCCACCUACGUGAUGUGCCCCAGGUGCAACCAGCAAGCUAACGACGCUUUUGAGCAAAAGAAGGUAAGCUCAAGUCUCCACGCCAAGCUCUUCCGACGACGGCGCGCCAAACGUUAUUAA